CCAUGUUCGACAGUGACAUUAAGAAGGUCCAGUCGGCGUCAGCUGCAACAGUCCAAAAUGGCACUGUCGACCCCUUUAAUGCUACAGGAACUGAUGAAGUGGACAAAUUGUCCCCUGCUGAUAUAGAUGAUGAGAUUCUUAGAAGAAACGGCCACGACGCGGUUUUGGAGCGCCAGUUCAGUUGGCUUUCGGCUCUAGGCUUGGGCUUUUCGAUAACCAAUUCCUGGGUCGGGUACCUGAGCUGUUUCGGGCAGAAUCUGAAGUAUGGCGGGCCAAACAGUGUGAUCUUCGGGCUCAUUGUAGCUUUCGUUGUGCAAUACACCAUCACGCUUGGCCUCAGUGAGCUGGCAUCUGCGUAUCCAUCUUCCGGUGGUCAAUACCACUACUGCUUCAUUCUCGCACCGCCCAAAACUCGACGAUUCGCUGCAUACAUCACAGGCUGGAUGUCCGUAUUGGCAUGUGCCUCGUCACCUGCUCAGGCGUUUCUCUGGCCGCAGUCAGCACACUUGGUAUUGUGGCAUUCUUCCACCCAGGAUUCGUUGCGCAAGCUACUGCCGUUGUACAUGAUCCCAAAGCGGAUCCCUCUGACAGUCCAAAUCACCUUGUACGCUUCAUUGGCUGGGUGCCUGGUUUGGUUUAUCACCACAUUGGCCAUGAAACAACACACGCAACCGGGCUCGUUCAUUACAGCCACUGAAUACGGUACAAGCGGCUGGUCUUAUAGUACGGCGUGGUUACUAGGGAUCAGCAACGCAAUGUAUGCGUACGGUGGUACCGAUGGCGCAAUACAUAUCAGCGAGGAAAUGCCCUCACCAGGCCGUGGGGUGCCACAGGUUAUGAAUGUAACCGUGUGGAUCGGUCUAUUCUCGAGCGUCCCACUCAUCAUUGCAUUACUGUUCUGCAUAACCGAUCUCGACGCCAUCACAUCGUCCCCGCUCCCGAGCUUAGAGAUCAUCUUUCAGGCCACUGGAAGUCGAACGUCGACAGCGAUUCUUUCGGUCUGGCUUCUCGUUGUGUACAUCAUGUGUCUGUCCGCACAGUUCCUCACUGUCGGGAGAUUAGCUUGGGCUUUUGCGCGAGAUGGUGGACUGCCAUGCUCCGGAUACUUCUCACACGUGGACGAAAAGAGGGAGUUCCCAAUGCGAACUACAUCUACCGCAUUCGUAUUCGUAUGCCUUUACGGACUCCUUUACUUUGCAUCCACAACGGCUUUCAAUUCGAUCGUAACGUCGGCGGUGCUCUUUCUCAUCAUCUCUUAUGUCGUUCCACAGGGCAUAUUGUUGGUUCAGGGUAGGAAGAAGCUUCCACCACGUUGGCUACGCCUCGGAUACAUCGGAUACUUUUGCAACGGGUUCUCCAUCCUGUGGAUCGUUAUCCUAGGGGUCUGUGUUUGCAUCCCGCCACAGCUCCCAGUCGAGUUGAACAGUAUGAAUUAUACAAGCGUCAGCGUAGUUGGUCUCUUGACCAUCAUCAUGAUGUUCUGGUUCACGUUGGGUCAUAAAUUCGCAGGACCAGAAAUCGAUUGGGACACGAUCGAUUCAGGACUUGUGGUAACUGAGCUUCAUGAGAGACGGAUGGUCCCAUGA